UAAAUUUGUCUCAAAAAUGGAAGAUGAUAACUGGGAGGACUUCGGCUUGGAAGAUUUCUUCAAUGGAGACUUUAGUAAUUACAGUUACAGCACUGACCUGCCCCCUAUUCUGCCAGAUUCUGCCCCAUGCCGGCGAGAAUCCCUGGAAAUCAGCAAGUAUGCCGUGGUCGUCAUCUAUGCCCUGGUGUUCCUGCUCAGCCUGCUGGGAAACUCCCUGGUGAUGCUGGUCAUCUUGUACAGCCGCGUCAGCCGCUCCGUCACUGACGUCUACCUGCUGAACCUGGCCAUGGCCGACCUGCUCUUCGCCCUGACCUUGCCCAUCUGGGCCGCUUCCAGGGUGAAUGGCUGGAUUUUUGGCACAGCCCUGUGCAAGCUGGUGUCGCUCCUGAAGGAAGUCAACUUCUACAGUGGAAUUCUCCUGCUGGCCUGCAUCAGCGUGGACCGCUACAUGGCCAUUGUGCACACUGCAUGUCCUCCCACUCAGAAGCGCCACUUGGUCAAGUUCAUAUGUCUGGGCAUGUGGGCCCUGUCCCUGUGCCUGUCCCUCCCCAUCCUAAUUUUCCGCAGGGCCAUCUACCCGCCCUUCUCCAGCCCAGUCUGCUAUGAGGAUAUGGGCAACAGUACAGCAAAGUGGCGGAUGGUGCUGCGGAUCCUGCCCCACACCUUCGGCUUUGUCCUGCCCCUGCUGGUCAUGCUGUUCUGCUAUGGAUUCACCCUGCGCACGCUGCUUAAGGUCCACAUGGGGCAGAAGCACCGGGCCAUGCGGGUCAUCUUUGCUGUUGUCCUCAUCUUCCUGCUCUGCUGGCUGCCCUACCACCUGGUCCUGCUCGCAGACACCCUCAUGAGGACACAGUUGAUCUCGGAGACCUGUGAGCGCCGCAAGGACAUUGAUCGGGCCCUGGAAGCCACCGAGAUUCUGGGCUUCCUCCACAGCUGCCUCAACCCCAUCAUCUAUGCCUUCAUUGGCCAAAAGUUUCGCCAUGGACUCCUCAAGAUCCUGGCCACCCGUGGCCUGGUCAGCAAGGAGCUCUUGCCCAAGGACAGCAGACCUUCCUUUGCUGGCUCUUCUUCAGGGAACACGUCCACUACCCUCUGACACUCCUGCCUCAGUGC